AUGCUACCUUUACUACAGAGCAUUUUUUCCAUCCUAGUAAUGACAGAAUUUGUUCUAGGAAAUUUUGCCAAUGGCUUCAUAGUGCUGGUGAACUACAUUGCGUGGGUCAAGAGACAAAAGAUCUCCUCAGCUGAUCAAAUUCUCACUGGUCUGGCUGUCUCCAGAAUUGGUUUACUCUGGGUAAUAUUAAUAAAUUGGUAUGCAACUCUGUUGAAUCCAGCUUUAUAUAGCUUAGAAGUAAGGCUUCUUGUUCAUAUUGCCUGGACAGCGAGCAAUCAUUUUAGCAUCUGGCUUGCUACUAGCCUCAGUGUAUUUUAUUUGUUCAAAAUAGCCAAUUUCUCUAACCUUAUUUUUCUUCGCCUAAAGUGGAGAGUUAAAAGUGUAGUUUUUGUGAUGCUGUUGGGGUCUUUGUUCUUUUUGGUUUUUCAUGUUGCAGUGGUAAGCAUAUAUGAGCAAAUGCAGAUGAAGGAAUAUGAAGGAAACAUCACUAGGCAGACCAAACUGAGGGACAUUGCACAGCUUAUGAAUAUGACUGUAUUCACGCUAAUGAACUUUGUACCCUUUGCUAUAUCCCUAACAUCUUUUCUGCUGUUAAUCUUUUCCCUGUGGAAACAUCUCAAGAAGAUACGAUCCGGUGGUAAAAGAUAUCAAGAUUCCAGCACCAAGGUCCACAUAAGAGCCAUGCAGACUGUGAUCUCUUUUCUUUUGUUAUUAGUUUGUUACUUCCUGACUUUAAUUGCCAUAGUUUGGAGUUCUAAUAGGCUGCAGAACAAGUUGAUCUUCUUGCUUUGCAAGGCUAUUGGAAUCCUGUAUCCUUCAAGCCACUCAUUUAUCCUGAUUUGGGGAAACAAGAAGCUCAGAGAGGACUUUCUGUCAUUUCUGUGGCAGCUGAAGGGCUGGCUGAAAAAAGGAUAUAAGAGGAGCAUCAUGUGUCUUCUAGGAGAAAACAAAUUGAUGGAGUCUGUAAUAUUUUUUUCUUCUACUUCUUUUUCUAAUGAGUAUGUAAUUGAGCAAUUUCCAAAGAUUUACCUAAAAAAGUCUUUUCUCUGA